GUUACUUUUUCCUCCAUCGAAAAAUUGGAAAUCCAACAGGAAAAUCGGUGCAAAUCUGCUCAUUAGUUCUAUCGGCGUGCAAAUGAUGUCGUUCACCAGCUCGUUCCGGUGCUAGAUGCAGUCAGCAGCUUUAGCCGUUUGUGGUGACAGAACGUGACGACGGAUGUAUAAUUUUGUGAACUUAAACUCUCGUGCAACCAACGGGUGUUGUUUCAGUGACUAAUUAGGUCCCGAAAGCGAAAAAGGCCCCAAAAAGAAGACGCGAACGCGACAGACAAUUAUUUGCAAAGCCGCAUUUUUUCAAGGACUACAGAAGAAGCCUUGUCUUGUCAGUGUGCGCGUGUGUGUGUGUGUGUGUGCCCCCCGCUUGUGUGUGUGUGUGUGUGCGGGUGUUGUGACAUUCAGAAGAACGGCGGAGGUGGCCCAACUCGCGCGCACCACGGCGCCCUCUCACAGGUUCGUGCGAGGAUAAUAGGAACCGGCGGCGGCGGCGGAACACGUUAGGCAAGGGGAAAGGGGAAGCUUUCCGGUAGCGUUCGGUUCCUUCGAAUAGAGCCCCCGUGUCCUCUGGAGUGGAGCGGAGUACCAUACGCGCGAGCGGCACGGAAGAAAGCACGCGCAGGACACCUGGCAGGAUCCGGAGGGAGGAGCGGUGGUUUCUUCUACGAUGAUGCCGAAACGAUCACGUCUGGGUGACGUCCGCGGACCCAUCUCGAAUGGGCCGAUGCAGUCGCGACCGCUCGUGGCGCUGCUCGAUGGGCGCGACUGCUCGAUCGAGAUGCCGAUACUGAAGGAUGUGGCCACCGUUGCAUUCUGCGAUGCACAGAGCACCUCAGAGAUCCAUGAAAAAGUAUUAAACGAAGCCGUUGGCGCACUGAUGUGGCACACAAUCAUUCUGACGAAGGAAGAUCUGGAAAAGUUCAAAGCGCUCCGGAUAAUCGUCCGGAUUGGCAGCGGAGUCGACAACAUUGACGUGAAGGCGGCCGGCGAGCUCGGCAUCGCCGUGUGUAACGUGCCGGGUUACGGGGUCGAGGAGGUGGCCGACACGACCAUGUGCUUGAUCCUGAACCUCUACCGAAGGACCUACUGGUUGGCGAACAUGGUGCGAGAAGGCAAGAAAUUCACCGGCCCGGAACAAGUGCGAGAUGCAGCGCAGGGAUGUGCCAGAAUACGGGGUGAUACACUCGGGCUGGUCGGACUGGGGCGCAUCGGUAGCGCGGUGGCGCUACGGGCGAAAGUGUUUGGUUUCAACGUGAGCUUCUACGAUCCGUACCUGCCGGACGGGAUCGAGAAAUCUCUCGGGCUCAACCGCGUCUACACCCUGCAGGAGCUGCUGUUCCACUCCGAUUGCGUUUCGCUGCACUGUACAUUAAACGAACAUAAUCAUCACCUAAUCAAUGAGUUCACGAUUAAACAGAUGAGACCCGGCGCAUUUCUGGUAAACACGGCUCGCGGUGGCCUGGUGGAUGACGAGGCCCUGGCCAUUGCACUGAAGCAGGGACGAAUCCGGGCGGCCGCACUUGACGUUCAUGAGAAUGAGCCAUACAAUGUAUUUCAGGGUGCACUGAAGGACGCCCCGAACCUACUCUGCACGCCCCACGCAGCCUUCUACAGCGAGGCGGCCACGACGGAGCUGCGCGAGAUGGCGGCGAGCGAAAUCCGGCGGGCAAUCAUUGGCAAUAUCCCGGAGUGUCUCCGGAACUGCGUGAACAAGGAGUACUUCCUGCGCUCGUCGACGGGCGGUGGUGCCGGCGGAUACUCAGAAGCUGGUAUAAAUGGCGGCUAUUAUUCAGGUGGAUUACAGCAAGCCCAUAGUACAACACCGCUCGAGGCACCGCACAGUGCAGGAUCGCAUGCGCCACCCAGCGGCGGCGGUCCCCCGCCACCGUCCGUUGCCGUACCGCCUGUUUCCGCUGUUACAGCGCCACCACCACAAGCCUCUUAGUGCCCCAGAUCCAAGUAAUCAUCAUUCGGUUAAGCCGGAACCAUCAGAAGUACAUUAGUUUUUAUCAUUAUAAAAUAAUAUAUAAAUAUAUGCUGCUACUACCUUUACAAUUGUAACAAGAACAAAAAAGAAAACACACCUUUGACACCACCACAACCGGACACGUACACGUACGAUAUGAAAGGCAACAAUCAACAACAACCGGGCAGGCAGCAGCGCGAGGCAUACAUUCGCAAACUGAUGAUGGCAGCCAAUAGGGGGGAAAGGACCGCAUUAUGAAAGAGUAGUAGGGAAGUUACAAAACCAACAACCACACACAUAUACACAUGAAAGCAACAAUUCACACAACAUUAGUAAAAAUGACGUUUGCCAAGGAGUGUGGGAAUGUAUGAGGCGCGCAAUGAUAAUGUUACAAACAAAAACACGCGACACCUUGCAACUCGAGGGGCACUGGUGAAGACACUGAACAACAACAGCAACAGAAACAACAACACUAAUAACAACACAACAACAGCAAACAAAAAAAGGUGUGUGUGAUUAUUUCUUUGACAAACGUUAAGUGAACUAUUGACUCUAAUGAGGAAAACGAGCGAGAGGACCCUAGGACAAAGAGAGGAUGUUCGUAUGAGGAUGAUUUUUUUUUUAAUUGUUUACAUGUUUUUUGUCUUUGACAAAGAGAAAACUUAAACAAUGUGUACGAAAAUUUAGAUUAAAGUAAGAGUAAACUAUACUAUUACCUACGUAAAAAGCAUGCGAACACACAGACACAAACACACAGAAACAUAGAAAUAAAAAUUAAAACAAGGUACACACGCAGAUUUAUAGAUCGUUGCUCCCCCCGAUAGAGAGAGAGAAAGAGAGAGAGAAAGCAGCCACCACCACCACCAGCAGCCCCGUAAUAUGAUAUGAUGAUACAAAUGAGAUCCACAGCACACAAACACACACAUACAUCCUCAUGUGUACACAAUCGGAGGAGUUGAACAGAGCAGAGAAUUAAUGUGUAAUGGAUAAUAAUAAUGGAUAAUAAUAAUAAAAAUGUGAAGGAAGAAGCAUUAACGGUACUUUAAUGCAUUAGUAGCGUGCAGCAGCAAACGGAGAAAGGACAGUAAAAAAGAGUAUGGAUGUACAUGUGUGAGAAUGAAAGCGGAUAACAAGCAGAAAAUCUAAAAAAAGAAAAAGAAAAACUUGCAGCGAGUGGCGGUGCAAGUAAGUAAAGGAUACAAAUGGCAAACGCGAAUGCAAAUGAAAGCGCAAUCGAGUACACAACUCACAUUGCAGAGUUGAUAAUAGAGCGAGAAAGAGAGAGAGAAAGAGCGAGCGAGUGGAGCCCCUCACAUAAGAUAUAAAGCAUUAUAAGUUGCAAACCCACACAUGCGUAGAAAGAAAGUAGCGAAAACAUUCACAAUACCCAACACAUAUACACCGAGCACGGCGCAGCAAGCGCGGCGAUC